UCCUGAAUAUUUUUCAUCCAGAUUUGUAGAUCUCUUUCUUGGUCAGCGAAACUGUAGGAGACUCGAGAGAAACCUUAGAUGGGUUUGAAAGACUUCCUUUCAUCAGGAGUGGUUUGAGUCAAUGAAGCCUUGAUAAGUUUAGAAUGGUUUCACUAAACUCUGGAUCACGUCCGGAAUCUAGUCUUUGGUUGACAUCAAGCAUCGUCCUUGUCGCUCAUGCUUUUUCUCAGAGAGUGGAUAUCUCCAGUGCACAUGAUCUUUGGUUAUUUCAGCCCUGCCGUUUUUCCUAGGCUGCAGUAUGAUUUAGCUUCAAUGUUCAUAAGAGCUUGACUGUUUCCUGGAAGAGUUGCAUUGUCAAGAUUUGACUUUAAAACACACAGCUCUCCUAUUUUAUUCCCAACUUCAGAACUCGUCUUCAGUAUUUGGAUUCGUUGCAGACCCGGAGAAGUGUUCGAGUAAUUAUCCUUAAUUUUGAGGAUGCAUUUAAUUACACUGUUUGCAAUGGAACAUCGGAUUCUGAUGCUUUCGACAUCAGUGGCUUUUAUCGUGGUCAGCUGAUAGGCUUUAGAACUACCACUGGUUAAUUAAGUAUCCUGUACAAUACAUUUGCUGCGCAUUCAAGGACUAUCUUCCAUGAGCAUGUCAUCAGAUCAACUGCUUGGACCUGUGGAUAUCCUUCGUUGGCAUUGAAUAAAACAUGCUUGCAAAUGCUCAGGUCAUUAAAGUAAUUAGCCAAAGGAUUAAGAUAUUAAUCACCAGGUGUAGACAUAAUGUGCUUUGUACACACAACAAAGGAUGCUUGUUCAGAGAUGAUGGCAAUUAACAUUGAAACUGUUAUUGAUGAGGUAGUAUAUCGCGCAAAUAUUGACAUGGUAAUUGAUGACUUAGUUUUGGUAUUGAUACCAAUAGGCAAUUGAGAGCAUUCGCAUGGAAGCUGCAGGGGAAGAAUGUAGGUUUUCUAUGUACAUGUAGCCUAGUAAUUCAGGAAUCAUUGUGUUUUAAACUACAUGUAUGCAUCAACCAGUCAAAGCAAUAUUGUCUGGAAUUGGGAUAAACAUAGAUCUAUGUCAAUUCUUCAACAACAAACUUGGCCACAUUAAAAUGUCAAGCAGAUGUUUACUUUAUAUAUUGCUACCGAGCAAGUAUUAAGAGACUGUUAUUGACACUACCAUGAACUAUUCAGCAAGGAUGCUUGAGUGGACAGGAGAUUAAAUAUUGUCUGGUAUGAAAACGGUAUAGUCUUGGUGUAGAUAAUUUGGAAUGAUUUAGGAAAGCCUUUUUCGAGAAUUAUUUGAGCUACAUUAUGAAGUCUUCCAAAGGAAAGUGUUCUUGUUGUCCGAGUCUUCUUUUUUCCAUGAUUGCUUUUGACUCAGCAGGAGCAUUCAAAUUGAGACUACUGUAAGAUCUAUAUUUGGAGAAAGGUUAUUUUUUUUGUUUUUCAACAAUUACCAAGAAAAAAGUGUUGACCAUUUCCUACAUUGGCACGAAUUCAUUUCCACUAUGGGCUACAUGUCAUGUUCAUGUAAGGUUAUGAGAAUAAUACCUUAUGAGGACCCCACAGAAUUGGUAAUUGAAGUGACAACCUAUGAAUACAAUUAUUGCAUCACAGCGUAAAAUGCAAUCUUAAUUACUCCUGGACUCAUCGUGGAUAUUAGACUAUUUGACGUCCCUACUGGAUUGGUUAGCUAAAACCAAUUCAAGAUUCCAAGAAUCCAUGAAUUUCAUCAUCUCUACAUGAUGCUACAGUGUAAAUGCUGAAUAGCGGGUUUAAAGCAGCAGACACUUUCGGUCUAUUUUGGAAACAUAUCGAAGGAAGUCAAGAUCAAAGUUCUCACUCUUUAUCAGAUGUAGGAACUGAGUAUCAGGGUUCAAGGAUGUCAGUGUCGCUUGUCUUCCAUUUUUGACGUCUGGUGACUUCAUUCAAUCCGUUGCGUACUGCAAAAGGGUGUGUCCUGUUGGAUGUCUAUUGGGAUUUGUAGUCUCGUGAGUGAAUGGGUUAAUGUGUAAGAGAUUGGGUCUGUAUGAACAAUAAUAAAAUUUGAUCUGAGACAUCAUUUGACCAUCUCGGCAUCACCAUUGCCAUUUAAGUUUUUGGAUCCAAGCGAGAUCAUUGUGAUUCAUGUGCAAGGAAUAGGGUGUGGAGUGCAUUAUGCUCGUUCUUUCAUGGAACACUGAUAUCGACUUUACUGGCCACUUUGAUAGAGUUAAGUGAGGCUGUCAGUCAUAUAUUGACAGUGGAUAAAGUGGUGCGGAUCAUAAUAGAAAUUGUCUUGGAGAACCUAUAUACAUACAAACUUUUAAUCUAUGAGAUGAUGAAGCCUUCUCAUAUGUGAAACUUGAAACGCUUGAAUUAGAUAAAUACUAAAAUUGAAGCGAGUUAAGUACUGGAUAUUAUUCUGGAAUAUAUACACACUCUUCAAGUGCUGAAAGCAGCUAUGUACAUGUCUUGAGGAAUAUGCAGGGUUGUUGAAGGCAGCUUUCUGUUGGAAUUGGAGACUUUUAUUAACAUGUUUUGACUAUCAAAGACUUAAAAAGGAUACAAAGAUGGCUCAACGAUCAAUGUUGAAAAAGAUUGGUGAGAUGGAGAGACAGAGGUGUAUGUCAUGGAGUGCUCCAGGUUCUGUGGCAUCACUUGCAGCAUUGAGGGGGAAAAGACUCCGCAAGUAUUCCGAGACAGAUGCAUCCACGGAGAGACUCUCUAGCUCUAUCAGAUCGGAAAGUGGGUCUAGUCAACUCUAUACCAAGGUUCCACUAACGCCAUUGGCCUUAGAAGACAAUGUGGACUACAACUUUAAAAGACAAGCCAGCGUACGGAUCAAAAAGAUGACAUCAUACCAUGAUGGCUCUACUCUCUUUCCAAAACUCAAUGACUGCGCACAUUUCCACUACGAUCAUGUUGAGCUUGGAUCAAUACAGAUUUCAAUGCAUGAAGAGUCAGAGGACCGUACCAUCCUGGAACAGAACGGGGGUGCUGUGGACCUCCUGGAUUGCCCCUUCACGGUCCGCAUGCUGAGCCAGGGGAAGGUGUGGCUGCUCAAGAGGUGCUACGAAGACUUCAGGGUGCUCGACAAGCAGCUCCAUAAAUGCAUCUACGACAGGCGCUUCAGCCAGCUGGUGGAGUUGCCCAAAGGAGAGACCCUCACGGGCAGAGAGGCCGUCAAAACGAUGCUGACCCACUAUGUGACACGGUUUUCACAGAUUGCUGGAGAUAUGAUCAAUUGUGGUCCUGUACUAAACUGGCUUGAGAUUGAUAACAUUGGUUGUCACAUCGAGCUUGACAACCAUGGCAACCACGUCGUAGCUAGCGAGGAGUCGGCAAUCAACAUCCCAGCCGUGGCGGCCGCUCACGUGAUCAAGAGGUACGCCGCGCAGGCACCAGACGAGAUCUCAUUAGAGGUGGGAGACAUGAUCUCGGUGAUUGACAUGCCUCCGCCCGAGGACACGUCUUGGUGGCGCGGCAAGAAUAAAUUUGACGUGGGCUUCUUUCCCAAGCAGUGUGUUGAGAUCAUCAGCGAAAAGCUACCCCAGGCUGUCGCUGAGAGGGUACCUAAAGGCCCCAAACCAGAAGUGAUGUCAUUGGAAGCAUCUGGGACUUGGUCUCAAACGGGGUCUACCAACACUCAGACUAGCAUGUUGAGGAAACACGGCAAGCUCAUAACAUUCCUUCGUUCCUUCAUUCUGGAGAGACCUACAAGGAGAAGGUUAAAACAGAGUGGUAUCCUGAAGGAAAGGGUGUUUGGAUGCGAUCUCGGGGAACAUCUGCUCAAUACGGGCACUGAUGUUCCCUCUGUUGUGCAAGAUUGCUGUCACUUCAUCGAGCAGUAUGGUAUCUGUGACGGCAUCUACCGGUUGUCGGGCGUGGCUUCUAAUGUCCAGUACCUUCGGGAUCAGUUUGACAGCGAGACCACGCCCAAUCUUGAUGAGUAUAAGAAGGAUAUUCACUGUGUGUCGUCUGUAUGUAAGCUGUACUUCAGGGAGCUACCCAAUCCUCUACUAACGUAUCAACUCUAUCAGAAGUUUGAGGAGGCUGCUAUGUCAGGGGAUGAGAAUCGGCUGAUGAAGAUGCACGACACGGUGCAGCAGCUCCCACCGCCCCACUACCGAACCCUCCAGUUCCUCAUCCGUCAUCUCUCUUACAUGUCAUCCUUCAACGCAGAGACCAGUAUGAACAUCAAGAAUCUUGCCAUUGUAUGGGCACCAAACCUGCUCAGGUCAAAGGACAUCGAGACGGGUUCGUGUGCAGCAUUCAUGGAAAUCAAAGUUCAAGCCACGGUUGUAGAGUACCUAGUCAAGCACUGUGAUCUUAUCUUUAAUGAUAAACUCUUUCCAGAUGUCCCGGGUAUCGGUCAGGAGAUGCAGCGCCCUAAAUCCCUGGUCUUGUCCACCCCUACGAAGCUCCUCUCCUUGGAAGAGGCCAGGGCGAGGUCGUCGUCUCAAGGGAACGACGGAGGAGAUAAGGAGGAGAAACCCAAGUUCAUCGAGGUCGGUGGAGGGCCGGCAGCUUUACCCAAGCAGUACCAUACUGUCAUAGAUCUACCUCCAGAAAGCCGCAAGAGAUUCUCUGCUUCCAAGGCCAAGAAGUCACCAGGAUGGAAGGCUUUCUUCUCAAGAUCAACAGGAAAGGAGGUCAAGCGGAAGAUGUCCCACGACGUCCCGGGCUCGUUGCGGGUUCCUGCAGCCAAGCACUUUGGUUCCAGGGCCCAUCGGACUAGCCUCCGAUCCGUCAAGAGUGCAGAAUCGCUCUCCUCAGCCAUACGUGAGUCGGCUACAGAGCUCCAACACCCAGAUACUGUCCGAUUCAAAGGUCAUGUACGUCGCAGUUCAGUUGCUUGCAUGGAGCAUACACUCAGAAGAUCGUCCUCCGAUUCUUUCUUUGAGGUCGAUGAGGACAUCGUUGCUGCUGCAACCAGAGAGAUGCUGGCCAAAAAGAGAGGCGAAGACACCUACUCCCCAGAUGAGAUCUUUAUUGAGGAAGAGAGUGGGGCUACAUGUCAGCUGGGACGCCGGCAUGGCAGCGGCACGAACAGCCCCUUGUGGAUUGACCAGAGCCUGAGCAGCAUGGAAUCGGAUCAGGCAUCGGUGAGGUCACCCUACGGACACCAGGCAUCAUUGCAGAUCGGUAGGAACUUGAGCGCAGAGAACAAUUGGAGCAUGCACGGUGGCGAUGUCCACAUGGCAUGCGAUGCAAACGUGCAUCACUAUGAAGAAGAAUCCCCUCCGCCCUCUCCGACUGAAGUCUCCUCGCCAGAGAGGUAUCAGUGCACUAUCGCCGAUCCUGUUGCUGUUCCGCAGCGGCAUCCGCUGAAGACAUCUAUCGCCAUGCCGGUGGCUGCAGCGUUCACUCCAGAGUAUCGCGAUGUUGAGAUGACCGAGAGUGGGUGCACUUCCUCGUCGCCGGACCACUCAGGGUCUGUCCUUGAUAAGAUAUCAAGAGCAAUGUCAAUCAAGAACAAACCUAAGUUAAAACGUGAGUCAAGCACAGAGGCGGAUGAUUACUCAAGCUUAGGCAGGAGUCCUGAAACAGGGGUUGAUGAUGAUGAUGUUAUUGAUCGUCCCAUCAUGGUGACUGUACGUACCCAGACCUCGCCGCAUGAUACUCUGGACGAUAUGGACACUGAGGAAGAGGUUCGGAAGUAUGAUGUCAACUUACAGACAACUGGUAAUGAUGGAGCUGUAUUCAUGCGUACUCCUGCACAGCGGAGAUCAAUGAACCUUGACUUAUUUAGUGGACUUGAUGAAGCCUUACUUGGCACGACGGCACCCCGACCGAAAUCAAUGCACGUCUCAUCGCACCUUGGUCGAGGGUCGGAAAGCUAUGAUGAUGAUUUUGCAGCGUUCACAACGCGGUUGAGCCUUGACAAUGUCCUCUCAGAGUACGAUCACAUCCUGGCAAAAUACAACAAUCGGCCAUUAACACCGGAUUUUGAUCGUACCGAAGAUAUGUGUAAAUACGAUGGCAUGUACCCGGGACAGCGCAUAUCAAGUCCACGUCACGGUAUCACGCCCGUCACUGCCCUCAACAGUAACUGUAAUAAUACGCGUCAGAGGAGGUUACAGCAUAGGUACAGCAUGGGGGAUGAAAUGCGUCCGGAACACUUCAAUAACCGCUACUCCUCUGUCAUAACAGAUAACGGGGAGACAAGAAAACGGCUAUCGGCGGGUGCGGUCUUGGACCAUCACAACCCCGGGCAGGAGAACGAUGAAGAAGUCGUGGUAGUGAGAUUACGACGCCCCAGACCGGCAUCUGGGGAGAAGAAAAUCUACGCCUCGCCGGAACGAUUCUCGAUCAACUCCCCAGAAUUCCAAGCCUCUUUCGCUGACCGCCAAAACGGCAACACCCCUCCCGAAUCGACCAGUGACAUUAGAACUUUACAUACCGAAGAGGGUCAACGGCCCCUAUCGUCUGUAGACGCUGUGUAUCACGUGACCUUGCCGUCACGGCCAAACAGCCAACGUAGGAGCAUUACCAAAAGUUUCUCUUUAGAUUUUCAGUCCUCCGUAUCUGAUGCUAAGACGAGGUUAGGGGAAGGUUUGGUGAAUGACGAUACAGAUAACGACCGAUCAGCAAUGACUGUUGAUGAUAAUGCACAGUUAGACAAUCAGGAUGUCAUUGAAAGUCACCAGGGAGAAGAUCCCAGCAGCAUUGCCUUUCAAUCGUCUCCCCAAGGUGCCUCACGUGAAUCACCGCUAAUAGAUCGCUAUCCGAUCAUUAUCAGUGAUGAAUUAGAACUUUGAUGCUUUUAGAAAAUAUUCUAAACCUUCUAUGCUAAUUCAUGGUGCUUUAUUUUGAUUUUUAAUUCGUUUUGUCCCACCCCAAAGGUAUGCUUAAAGACCAAUUACCUAACAGUAGUUUGCCAGCUUGCAAAAAAAAAAAACGCAUAGACAUGCUAGAAAAGUUGAGUCUUGAAAAUAUCUGUACCCUUACAGACGUGAUAGACUGCACAUCAUUUCCCUACAUGUAUAUGCACCCUGAAGUGGUGCAGUUUUCACAAAACUUGUAAUGAACUACCAGUCUUGUUCAAGACCAAUACCGAUCCCUUUGACGGUAUUGUGUUACAAGAGUCAAAAUGUGUCAAAGCCUAUAACAAGUUUUGUGAUAUUGCAUCUUGUAAAACAUUACUUUCACUCAUAAAACAUUACUUUCACAUAAUCAAGAAGAUUAUUGGUCUAUUUAAACAGCAUUACUAAUUGUGCUUAAUCCAGAAUUUACUUUUUUCGUGCAAGAUCUAAGUUUUCUACUUUUCACUUUUUACAUGUAAGUAGGAUUGGGGCUGAUUUUUUUUCUGUUUCUUGCCCUGAAAUUGUAAAUAGAAAUUUAAGAGGUUAUCCUCAUUCCCUUGGAUUCCGUGCCAUGUUUUAUUUUUUUUUUAAUUUUGAAAAAUAAUUCAGGAAUCAUUUUUAACUAUCUUUGCCACUGUAUAUUUUUUGCCUUGUACAUGUAGGUUGAUCAUAAUAUUUAUAAGCCAAGAAGACCUUGCCUUGUAUGCGUAGUAUGUAUCAUGCUUAAGAUUGUUAUGUGUGUAUAAUAAUGACGGGGCAAUAGACAAUGUACAGUAAGAGUAGUAUAAUUUUGCUAAUAGCCAUUAUAUUACUUUAUUAAUGAUUUUUUU